UGAGCCCUUCCCCACCUCGGUCAAGCACAUUGCCAAUCUUGACAACGGCGGUAGACCCACCAGACCAACGAUCAGCCCAUCAACGAGGCCGGCGAGACGGAGGGCUUCCUUGGAUUUCUCGAGAUCGCCACUGAACUAUGAAACUAACUACUGAAGACAAACUCUCACUCAGUCAAGAGUUGUUUUGUCUUUUUUUCCUAAUAAUAUACAAAUAAAUAACCUUUUUAAACAGCGACCAAAAACCUUAUAAACCCGAUGUCUAACUGUCUCUUUCUCAACUCGAGCCGACUGAAAAAGAAAAACUAAAGGGAAAACAGAGAAAAAAGAAAAAAGAAAGGAAAAUGGAUCACGUUGCAGCAGUGGAACAGCAAUUUGUUUCAGAGAGAAAGUGGAGGAAACUGAAUGAAGUGAAUAUGGCUACUCAAGCCCAACUUGGUCCUGUCCAAGACCACAUCAAUUUCACUCUUCAGAAAGCGUAUUUCAAGUGUGCCUACGAGUGCUUUGACAGAAGCAGGAAACAAGAGGAGAUAAGCAAUUGUGUAGAACAUUGCAGUGUUCCUCUUGUUAAUGCUCAACAGCAUUUUGAGAAUGAGAUGGCCAAGUUUCAAAUGCCAUGGUUCUGGAUAAUAUUAGAGAAAUGUUAUCAUUAUAUGAGUGGUGAGGCAGCAAAGCAACAUUGGACCGAUCUCCCGCCCAUUCUGUUAACUCAAGAAAGGUUGAAUAGAUCCCUUAUGGUCUGCCAAAACAAGUUUGAAUCAGCUAAAUUUCAGCAGGAUAAAACCGAUGCAAUCAAUGAGUUGGAGUCAUGUGUCGACCAGUCCAUCGAGGAUAACAUUAAGACAUUGCCACAUCUUGUUGGGAGAUUGAAGGCUUCUUUCAACAUUGGUGCUUGAGCCAAGUGAGUAUUAAGGAUAGUGGUUGCGACUAAUUUUCUGUUUACUUAACAGAUUCUUAGCUCAAAACUUGAGAUU